ACAUCAUAAACAUGAGUUUAUGCUUGAAACCAACAUGUGCUGUUUCUGUUUGAAAACAAUUUAAAAAAAUCAACAUAUUAAACUCUUAUUUUCUUUAUUAGUGAUUUAUUAUAGUUAAUUAUUUAGUUCAAUUGAUAAUUCAUUAUGGAAGACGAUCAAAUUGUCGAUGAUCCCUGGUCUAUCGAAAUACCUCCACUGAAAAAAGAUGAACUUCCUAAUUGUAUUGUUGCGGAAUCACGUUUUGCCACACUAUUUCCAAAGUACAGGGAACACUAUGUCAAGGAAUGUUUUGAUUUGAUUGUAAAAAUUUUGGAGGAGUAUGAAGUUAAAGCGGAACUUGAUUUGAUGGAGGGUAGUAUUACUGUAUCAACGACAAAGAAAACUUGGGAUCCGUUUAUUAUUUUGAAAGCUCGUGAUAUGGUUAAAUUGAUUGCUCGUGGAGUUCCCUUUGAACAUGCAAACAAGGUCUUACAAGACAAUGUGGCCUGUGAUAUUAUAAAAAUUGGUCGACUGGUCAGGAAGCGAAAUAGAUUUAUAAAGCGACGACAACGACUGGUUGGUCCGUCUGGAUCAACCUUGAAAGCUAUUGAACUGUUGACAGAUUGUUAUGUACUUGUUCAAGGAAAUACUGUUUCAGCAAUUGGACCUUACAAAGGGUUACAGCAUGUCAGACGGAUUGUAAUUGACUGUAUGAACAACAUUCAUCCUGUUUAUAAUAUCAAAGCCUUAAUGAUUAAAAGAGAACUGGCUAAGGAUCCAAAAUUAAAGAAUGAAAAUUGGGAUCGCUUCCUACCUCAAUUCAAAUCAAAGAAUCUAUCUAAGCGAAAGAAGCCACUUAAAGUUCGAACCAAGAGUGAUUACACACCGUUCCCACCACCACAACCAGAAUCCAAGGUAGAUCAACAACUAGCGUCUGGUGAAUACUUCAUGAGAGAUGAAGAUAAACGUUCCAUCAAGAAGAAGGAGAAGGCCGCUAAACAAGAAGAGGCUAGAAGAACAAGACAAGAAAAACGAGAGAAGGUAUUCAUUCCUCCAGAAGAAGAUGACAAUAAAUCAAAGGACAACUCCAUGAAGAAGGAACCUCAACCCGAUAUUGACAUUGAAAAAGUUAAGCAAAGGAUUAAGAACUUUCAGAAAAAAGGAUUCAAGAAACAAAAAUCUCAGGAUUGAUUCGCGUGACUGAAUUUGUGAUUCAUCAACAGAUCAUGAGUCACAGUAUCUUUUAGGUCUAAUUUUUUGAUUCCCAAAUUAACUCAGACUCUUGUUGAUUGAUUUAAAUGAUUUCUUGAUUGUAAAUUAAAUUUUAUUUAUUCUAUCUCAA